CAUCUUCUCUAUCCCCUCUGUGUUUUUUUCCCUUGCAAUGCUUCUUCUCCUCAUCUCUUGUCAGAUCAUCAUGUCCCCUGAUCCCUUCUCCUUCAUAUCUUCCUUUUCUCCUAAUUAAUCUUGACACAGAUAAUUAUUAUUAUUUUAACCUCCGAUCGAGAUCCAUUCCUCGUCGGAGAAUUCAGAUCGAUUAUAAACUAAACCCUCAUGGAGAGUUCUUUAGGUUUCAUGGCGGUCUUCGCCGUCUCAGGGAGCGUCGUGUUCCUCGCUAGUCAAUUCCACAAGCGUCUCCUCUCCGAUUACAUGGACAAGUUCGAAUUCGAAAUCCGAUCGAGAGAGAAUGUGGUGAUGAAGAAGAAGGUGAGAUUUGCGGCGGAUGUGGUGGAGCCGUCGGGGAAUAACAAAGAGUAUCGCCGGAGACACUCUUCCAAGGCUAAAUUUGAUAAGGAAUCCAAGAUGGCGGCAAUUGUUUGAAGGUUUUUCUUCUUUUUUUUUUUCUGAAGGAGUGGUUGUGUAAUUAUUCAAUUGGGGUUUCUGAUUUGAUUUGAUUUGAGUUAUUAAUUUUGGGGAAAAAAUUCUAAUCUCAAAUCUGAUGAAUCUGGGGAAAAACCUUUUAGGUCUUCCCAUGGUCAAAUAUUUUUCCUAUUUUUGUAACUUUUUCUUCAUUUUCUUGGGUUUUAUUUACCUGUAAAUAUUUGUUUAUGUAAAUACAAAAUGUGAUUGCUAAUUUCA